AUGUUGACCCCAGAGAAAGCAAGCAAAGCCACAGUCAGUAUAUACGGCUUGCCCAGCAUCUACAAUUUCAAGCAAUUGCACUUCCACUGGGGCGCCAAGUCCACAGAGGGCAGCGAACAUCAUGUUGAUGGCAAAUCAAAUGCCAUGGAGAUGCACCUGGUACAUAUCAACACUGAAUACGGCAGUGCAAGAGAAGCUUACAAGCACCCCGACGGGUUUUUAGUUGUCGGCGUUCUUUUCAAGGUCGGCAGGCGUGAAAACCGGGCAUUGAACAGCGUCGUAACAGCGCUGCGCCAGAUGAAUAAUCAAGCUGCAAGACAAGUGAAACUACGUCGUCUCGCAUCGCUAGAGGACCUUCUCCCGCGGAACCCGUCACUGUCCUAUUUCUAUAGAGGGUCCCUCACGACCCCACCCUGCGCCCAGGCUGUCAUCUGGGCUGUGCUCAAGAACGAGGAGAGAAUAAGCGAAUCACAGCUGGAAGUCUUCCGCCACCUAGAAGCUGAACAUACCCACAAUAACCGCAAGGUGCGCCUGCUAAACAACUUUCGACCUAGCAUGCCACUAAACGGACGACACAUCUACAUAUCUGCGGAAGCC